CGUGUACAACGAAAACUUAUUCUUUCUCUUGCGCAACAACGACAAACGCUAUCCGGCACGCACUACCUACAUUACUAUCAGCUGCAGAGAACCCAUGAACACUCGCGAAUGUUUUUUUUUAUGGAAGUAAACUACUAUCGAAAUGUAUUAAGUGAAAACUGACUCUAAGGCACGCGUUUUCUUCUGCUGCAUGAUAUCACUGCAGACGACAGGCCAGUGAGCGGUUCAUAUAUAUAUGAGUUUAAACUCAGUCUCAACAGUACAGCUCCACUAGCGCAGCAAACAUCAAGGUAGUCCAACAUGAACUUCUUCACUGUGUCGGCCAUCGCCCUGGUUGCCAUCAUUGGCUCCAUCCAGGCUGAGCAUUCGCCGCUUCCGCACUACUUCGUUCGGAAGAGCUUCCCGGAGGCUCAGGCUGAGUGCGCCGUCUACCUGCAGGUGCCGGACGAUCGUCUGCAGCGCUACAUGCGUGAAGGAUACCCGGAUGAGCCAGAGGUCCACUGUCUGGUGCUGUGCGUCCUGGAGAACCUGCGCGCAUGGGAGAACGGUACGCUCCACGAGAACGUGCUUGCUAACUACUUCGUCCCGGCCACGGAGGACUGCGACAAUGCCAAGCGUACUGAGCGUUGUCUGGUGAACCUGCCGCAGGAGUGCAACGGCGAGCCGUGCGUGCAAGCCUACCGUGCCUUCCAGUGCUACUACCAGAACUAUGGAACGCUCACCACCUGCCCCGAGUACGUCCCGAGCUACUACGGUGAGGAUUUGCAGCUGGCCUACGACCUGUUCGACAUGCUGGAUGUGUCGGAGGACACCCGCCGCAAGCUGGCUGGAGGAUGCUUCCCAAGCGGACCUGAGUCGCAGUGCUUCUUCUUCGCGUACGUGACUCGCUUCGGUGCCUGGUCCAAGGAUGCUCCGCUCCUGCACAACCUGUACACUCAGUCCCAGGAGGAUGCCUUCAAGAAGGACAACACCGACACUCAGGUCUGCCUCACCAACCUGAACAAGCUGGCCUGUCACAAGACCCGGUGCGAGCACGCCACUGACGUUUUCAGCCAGUGCUUCGGCAACACUGAUCUGUACAAGCACUUCCUGGCUGUGUUCAAGGAUGCUGCCAUGACCUACACCAGGCAAUAAGCAUUGAGACGAUCAAAAGACUUGUUCUAAAGAGCAAAAGAACCAAUAAAUUGCGAUAGAUUGAAUGAAUCAAUGAAAAAUCUUAAUCUAUUUUGUGUGAAUAACUUG